AGGAGAGAAAGAGAAAGAGAAAGAGGGGAAGAUGGCACGCAGCAUAACGUACAUAACUGGAUCGCAGCUUCUGGCUCUUCGGCGGCAACCCAACAUCGCGAUCGUUGAUGUGAGGGACGAGGAGAGGAUCUGCGAUGGCCACAUCUCUUCCUCUCUCCAUUUCCCCAGCGACACUUUCUCCGACAACAUGCCUAACCUUCUCCACCAGGUUAAAGGCAAAGACACCCUCGUCUUCCACUGUGCUCUCAGCCAGGUUCGGGGACCAACUUGUGCUCGAAAGCUUGUCAAUUAUCUUGAGGAAAGUAAGGAAGAUGCCGGGAUAAAGAACAUCAUGGUCUUGGAACGCGGCUUUAAUGGUUGGGAAGCUUCUGGGAGGCCUGUUUGUCGCUGCACUAAUGUUCCUUGCAAGGAGCAUGGGGCUGCAUAACUAGUUAGGAUGGAAUGGAAGCAUUGGUCUCAUGUGCAAUGCGUGCAGCACCUUUGUAUACCAAAAAGGAAAAUGUAUGAUGACUACUGUAAUCACUUCUUAAUGAAUCUUUGAGAAACUCAAUUCCCUAUAUGUGUUGUGCAUCGAUUCCAAUUGUAAGAAAUAUAUCAUUGGAUACUGGACCAAGAAUAACAAAGAUACUAUUCCCUUUC